UUAACCAUUUAGCCCUGUUUGGGGGAAGGGAGUAGGAGAGCUGGCCCGGAACAGUCAGUCAUUGGUCCUGUGUACCCUCUCUUCUCCUGGAUCUUCACUCCCCACUGACAGCAGCCUCCACUGUGUCAUAAAGCUCUGGCUGGGAAAUGAAGGAAAUCCUGUGGUUCUGUCCGUUUGGGGCCCAGCCAGGAGAGUCAGGGGCAGCAGAGAGAAAAGGGCAGAGCCCAGGAGGUAGCAGUGAGAGAGUGGCAUCUCUUCUGCCCACCCUGUGCCUGCCUGGUGACUCAGGCCGGAUGUGAUGCCACUUUGCCUAGAGUUCAGCCUAUGGAGAAAACUGUAAUUUGAGCAGUCAGAUCAGUUCUCACCGAGAGUAGGCGUUGGACGCUCACAUCUGGAAGUGAUGAUGCCGACGGCUCACCCCAGCAGACAGACCAUCCUUUGGCCUGAGCUGACCUGCACAUGGGGACCGGUUGGGGAUCCCACCUCAGCUCCUUGCUACUUUAUGACCUUGGCCUGGGGAGGAAGCUCCACAAAGCAGCAGCAACCAUGGCAUCUGAGGAUAUCGCCAAGCUCGCCGAAAGCCUGGCCAGAACCCAAGUGGGCGGAGGACAGCUCAGCUUCAAAGGCAAAAGUCUCAAACUCAACACAGCAGAAGAUGGAGGUGAUAAAAGAGAUCGAGGCGUUCGAUGGCCUGGAGGCUCUGCGCUUUGAGGGCAACACAGUGGGCGUAGAGGCAGCCAAAGUCAUUGCCAAGGCCCUGGAGAAGAAAUCGGAGCUGAAGCGAUGCCACUGGAGCGACAUGUUCACUGGGAGGCUGAGGUCGGAGAUCCCUCCUGCCCUGAUCUCCCUGGGGGAGGGCCUCAUCACAGCCGGAGCCCAGUUGGUGGAGCUGGACCUGAGCGACAAUGCCUUUGGACCCGAUGGUGUGCGGGGCUUUGAGGCCCUACUGAAGAGCUCAGCUUGUUUCACCUUGCAAGAGCUCAAACUCAACAAUUGUGGCCUGGGUAUCGGUGGCGGCAAGAUCUUGGCAGCAGCUUUGAUGGAAUGCCACCGGAAAUCCAGUGCCACGGGUAAGCCACUGGCCCUAAAGGUAUUUGUGGCUGGCAGAAACCGUCUGGAGAAUGAUGGCGCCACUGCUUUGGCAGAAGCAUUUGGGACCAUUGGGACCCUGGAGGAAAUCCACAUGCCGCAGAACGGGAUCAACCACCCAGGAGUCACGGCACUUGCCCAGGCCUUUGCUGUCAACUCCCUGCUGAGAGUCAUCAACCUGAAUGACAACACUUUCACUGAGAAGGGGGCAGUAGCCAUGGCCAAGACCCUGAAGGCCCUGAGGCAGGUGGAGGUGAUCAACUUUGGGGACUGCCUGGUGCGUUCCCGAGGGGCGCUGGCCAUCGCUGAGGCAGUGAAGGAGGGGCUGCACAGACUGAAGGAGCUGAAUUUAUCCUUCUGCGAAAUCAAACGGGAUGCCGCGCUGGCGAUUGGGGAGGCCGUGGAGGACAAGUCGGACCUGGAGAAGUUGGAUCUCAAUGGAAAUGCCUUGGGAGAAGAGGGCUGCGAGCAGCUCCAGGAGAUCCUGGAAGGCUUCAACAUGGUCCACACACUGGUCUCGCUCAGUGAUGACGAAGGGGAUGAUGAGGAGGAGGAGGAGGAGGAAGAGGAGGAGGAGGAGGAGGAGGAGGAGGAAGAAGAGGAGGAACUUCAGAGAGGCCAAGGAGAAGAAGUAACCACGCCCUCCAAGAAGAUCCUGGAUACCCAUGUGGGGGAGCCUCCUUCUGUGCUGUGUUCUCCGUCUGACGUCUCCACAUUCCUUGCCUUCCCGUCUCCGGAAAAGCUGCUGCGUCUUGGACCCAAGAGUUCCUUGUUGAUAGCCCAGCAGACAGAUACUUCUGACCCUGAAAAGGUGGUUUCAGCUUUCCUGAAAGUCACCUCCGUGUUCAAGGAUGAUCUGGCGGUGAAAACGGCUGUUCAGGAUGCGGUGGAUGCCCUGAUGAAGAAAGCUUUUGCUUCAGCCACCUUCAACUCCAAUGCCUUCAUCACUAGGCUCUUAAUCCACAUGGGACUGCUGAAGAGUGAGGACAAGAUCAAGGCGGUCCCCAACCUCUACGGCCCCCUGAUGGCUCUCAAUCACAUGGCCCAGCAGGAGUACUUCCCGAAGAGCCUGACACCCGUGCUCCUGGCCUUCGUGACCAAGCCCAAUCGGGCCCUGGAGGCCUGCUCCUUUGCCCGCCACAACCUCCUGCAAACUCUCCACCACGUCUAGCCAACGCGAGGCCGGGCCUCUGCCGCCGUCCCCUCAUGAACUUGAUGAACCGAGAGCCCCUGCCCAGGCCCCAGAAGACGAGUGCGCGUGUCCGCCAUCACUUCCCUUGAAGACCUUCCCCUGCCUUCUGCCCUGGGGAGCCCGGGGAGGCUCGCUUGGCGCUUGUCCUCCUCUCCUGCCCGCUGGCCCUGGGCCCCGGGGUCGCCGGCCGGCCGGCCGCAGGGGAGCCAGCCUCAGACUCUUGCUUCCACCCCGCUGGCCUGCUCGCUCACGGAAUCGGACAGUGGCCCCUUCAUUAAACUCUGUUCCCGCCCUCACACUGGCCUGCCUGGAUCUCCCCUGGCCAGUGACGCCCCCUCGUGACUUGGCGGGGGUUGGGGCUCCCCGGCUUGCUAGGGGCCGACCUGGUGGGCGCGGGCCCCCCCAGGGCAGAAGCGCUAGGCAGCCCCCACGUGCCUAAUCUGCGGGGCAGCUUGGUGAGGGGGCUCUCGGCCGGACCCUGGCCGGGCCCGCGGGGCUUGGCAGGAUUCCUGACUGGUGCGCCGUCACUCCUGCACCCUACUUCAGGCCCGGGCCCAGCCCCCGUGGCCGGCCGGCCUGGCUCUCCCUGCUCUGGCCUCGGGCCCGGCCCGGGUCGCUGCUUCACCAACAGAAGAGGUGUUUGAGGAGAAGCGGGGGUCGGCGCGGCUUCUGCACCCUGACGAGCGCAUCUGCUUGCGGAGGGACGCGCCGGCCGUCCUGGCUAGUGUCUCCCAGCUAGCAGCGGGGCUUGGGGGGGGGGCGCCCUCCCUGGGCUGCAAAGCAGAGGGCCUGGGGGCCUCGGACCGAGCCCUGCCUCCUGCCUCGGUGUCACGGGGCUAGCCCUGGGCUUCUUCGGCCUCCUCCACUGGGGCUGCUGAAGGGAGGAGCUCUGGGCUGGGCGGCCUUCAGGGGAGGGCUACAGGAGGUCCCCCUGGUGGGCAGCCCCGACCACAGCCUCCCCAGCGCGCCUGCUCUCCUCCUUGUCGGUGUCCUUCCUGGGCUGGGGCGAGGGGAGCGUACGGAAUAAACUCAUCUGUCACA